GUGCAUCACACACACUCAUUUCGUCUGUGGUGGAAUAUAUGUCUGUCAGUUUUGUAUUUCAUUUUAAUCUUUAUGAGGUAACGCCUAAUUUUUCACACCUUAUUUACACAUGGCAGAUUUUUGGAAUGACAGAUUUCCAGACUUUGAGCAUCUACACUUCAGUGAUGACAACACAACACCACACGGUGAUAAUAUGGCUGAAAGAGAACCAGCCAUAGAGGACAACAACAAUCACAAACAAGACGGAGUCUCUGAGCCUGAUGAAGAUUUAGCAGAAAGUCAAAGCUGUAGAGAUACUAACAUGGAAGUAGAAACUAAAAACUGUACUAUGAACAGUACGGAUGGCCUAUUAGAAGAUCAAAGUGUGCAGACAGGAACCAUGCUCUUUGGUUCAUCGUCUGAUUACGAUUCAGAUGAAAAAACGACACAAGCUGAAGAGGAAUGCAAAGAGGAUGAACUUGAGAUGCCUGCAAAAACAUCAGACAUCCACUUUCAAAUGGAAGAUGUCGGUUUCCUAGAAAAGGAAGAAACUCGCGACGAUCAGCAAACACCAAAAUAUCACAUUUUAACAGAGGAGGUGACAUCACAUUUACACUCCUGCCAGAUGGUGGAUGAACCUGAAGAUACGAGCUCAGCAUCAGAAGAAGACGGAACGCUGAUGGAGCUCAAGUCCAGGGAUGAGAUGAAAGAUUUUACAGAAGAUGACCAUGUGGGAGUAGAGGAGGGCUUAGCAGAUUACCCCUCUGACCUGUCCGAAAGUGAAAAUGAGAGCUCGGGUGAAUGUCAUGAGGGUGACCCACCUACUAACAUGAACAACAAGGUGGAUGCCGACAACCUGGAAGCUAUAGCUUCAAUGGAUGAUGAUAAUGAAAGGAAUCACAGAGAAGACAAGAGUCACACAAGAGUCUCUGAGUCUGAUGAAGAUUUAGCAGAGACUCAAAGCUGUACAGGUACUGAUAUGGAAACUGAUAACUAUUUUAGGAACAGUAUGGAUGGCUUAUCAGAAGAUCAAAGUGGAAUGUCAGAUGAAAGUAAGACACGAGCUGAAGACCACGAAGAGGAAUGCAAAGAGAAUGAACUUGAGUUACCUGCAGACAUCCAUCAGAUGACAGCUCACGUUCAAGUGGAAGAUGUCGGUUUGCUGGAAAAGGAAGAAACUCGCAAUGAACAGCAAACACCAAAAUAUCAAAUUAUAACGAAACCAUCACAUAUACUAUCCUGUCAGAUGGCGGAUGAACCUGAAGAUACAAGCUCAGAUGAAGAUAGAACAGAUCCUGAAACUUUUGAGGAACAUGCUCCUGAUAACAAAGAAGCCAAUGAUGAACAGAUAAAACUAGAAGACUCUCCGACACAGCUAAUGAAGGUCAAGUCCAGGGAUGAGAUGAAAGAGUUUACAGAAGAUGACCAUGUGGGAGCAAAGGAGGGCUUAGCAGAUUACUCCUCUGACCUGUCUGAAAGUGAAAAUGAGAGCUCCAGUGAAGGUCAUGAGGUUGACCUGAACAUCAAGGUGGAUGCGGAAAACCUGGAAGCAGAUUUCCUAGGCAUAGCUUCAAUGGAUGAUGAAAAUGAAAGGAAAGACAAAGGAGUAAAUCAUGCAGAAAUGGUCACUGAUUCCUACAUGAAUGAGCAACAUGACUAUGACAGUGAUAUCAGCAGUGAUGAUGAUGACAACCGUCCUACUGUUUACAUACAUGAAACCAUAGCUUCCCAAGAACCAGAAAACCCUUUCACAAAUGAUUUUGUUAGAGACUGGAAAAGCAUUGAGUGUGAAGAAGCAUAUGUACAUGCAGGCAGUCAGAAUUCAGAGAUACGUGAUGCUGGAGGUUUAUCAGACAUGCCAGCACUUCCUGGAACGGUGGACUCCAGGAUGGAAAGUCCUUCCGCAUAUGAGACACGCACUUCUGAAAAUCCAAAUAAUGGUGUGAGGCAGUUGGAUCCUUCAAGGUCCAAUGUUUCAAACAUUGGAGAAAAUCUCAACACCUUUCUACCAGAGACGUUUUGGAAUUUAAUUGAACAAGACAACCUGAAGUUUGAUGACUGGGAUGUUAAUGAAGAGGAGGCGAUCUGUAAUGAAGAAGAAGACAAUAUCCUGCAUGACCUAGAGAAUGAGGAAGAGGAAAUGGAAAGGGACUGGGAGAAAGAACGAGCAAGAAUCGAAGCAUUUAACACAUACUACACAUCUUUCGAAGGCGAAGACAAUGUUGGUAGGAGCCACAAAGUUACGUUUUGUUUGGAAACAGAAUCCAUCCAAUAUGAAGAUGAAUAUAGUAGUAGUGAAGAGGAACCAAGCACAGAUUUCAGUGAGUUGUAUCCUGCAGAGCCCAGUGCUGUCGACAUACAUCAAAGCAACAAAGAAUACAACAGUAAACCUUUAGAGGUUUCAGAUGUUGCAGAAAAUAUCCACACCGGACCACCUGAGACACUUUGGUCCUCAAAGUUACGGAUGGAUGAGGGCAACCUGAAGUUCAAUGUAUGUGACCAUGAUUUUGAUGGAGAUGACUUCCAUAAACCUGACACAAGUGAGGUGAUCUGUGAUGAAAAGGAACGUUUCUUGGAGAAGCUGAAAAAUGAGGAUCAGGAAAUUAAAGGAGACUGGGAACAGAAACGAUCAGGAGCUGAAGCAUUUAACAAAUACAUGUACCACAUAGAGUUUACUGAAUGGGAAAAUGAGGUAACAGACAGGAGCCACAAAUAUACAUUAAGUCUGGAUCAAGAAUCAUCUCAAAAUGAGGAUAAUGAAAGCAGUGAACAGGAAUCAAACACAGAAGAUGACACUUCCAACAUAAAGACUAAGGACCUAAGUGAAUCUGAUGAACCACAAGAGAGGCGUUUGUACACAGGAAAGCAGAAGGUCUUACCGAAAGGAUUACAAAAGCCAGACAAGAAGCUAAAGGAACCGAAAAGCAAGUGCCUCGUUCUGCUGAGGUCUGUAUUAGCAGUGAGUCUGGCAACAGCGGUGGGUGUUUUGAUGUACUGGUGGGUCACAGAUAGCCUGGACUGGAUCUACUGAAUUUACAAAUCAUCUUGGGUCUUCAACAUCAUUCAGAACAAGUCCUGCCUCUUAAUGUAAAUAAACUAUUACACAAAACCACACAUGCACAUAAAAUGUGAUUACUCCACAAAAGUAGACUGAGAUAGUGUAGGUCCAAGUUUAUUUCCUUACAGGAUACAACUUAAUAUUGUAAUGUUUAAACAGUGCUUUGAAAUAAAUAUAUAAAAAAAUUCAUAUCUUAUGACAUUCUUAUCCUAUUUUUAUGUAUAACCACAAACCGCAUGUAAAUAAAUAAAUUAGCCCAAUUUUCUUGAAAAGUGUUCAGAUUUGGGUAUGUUUGUGGCAUCUUGCACCUGUAUUGCUUGCAAAGUAAAACUGAUUUGAAAAAAAGAAUAAAAGAAUUGAUUAAAGGAACAUUGUUUAGCAUUUUUU